GGAACGAAAGGCAGAGAAUCAGUGGAUCACUUUCUCAUAGAGAGAGAGAGAGAGAGAGCGCGUAGUGUGGAAAUGGCGGGGUUAUAUUGCGGUAUAACAGCUCCUCAUUUAAUGAGACUCCACGGCCUCCGAUGCUCCUCCAGCACACCGGAUGACAAUUACAAGAACAAUAUGAAUAAGAGAGAAACCCAAACCCCGCAGAUUUUGAAACUCGCGGUGAGCGGAGUCACUGAGCUUUUGAGACUCUUCUCCUCCUCCUCCAACAACCAAAACAGAUUGGAAAGAGUGGAUGAUAAAAAGAGAGUAGAGAUUUCAGUUUCAGGUGUUGAUGAUGUUGUAAUGAUCCUCAAAUCUGAUUAUGAGAAUGCCUACUUUGUAACAGGGACGUUUACUUCUGCAAUUUAUGCUGAAGAUUGUAUAUUUGAAGAUCCAACUAUUAGAUUUCGAGGUAAGGCAUUGUAUUCACGCAACUUGAAAUUGCUUGUUCCUUUCUUUGACCGUCCGUCAAUUGGAUUGCAAAAGAUUGACAAGGGUAUCAAUUCCAAAACUAAUUUUGUGCUAGCAACAUGGAAACUAAGGACUUACCUAAAACUUCCAUGGAAGCCCCUCAUUUGCAUUGAUGGAAGUACAGUCUACGAAUUGGAUGACGAGUUUAAUAUUGUUAGGCAUGCUGAGAGUUGGAAUGUUUCUGCGCUUGAAGCAAUUGGGCAGAUAUUCACCCCUAGUUUUGGAAGGCCUAACUAUUGAAUGUUCAAGGCUCAAUAAAUCUGAAGAAGUGAACGAUUUUCAAGGCUCCAGGUACUCAUUAACUUUCAAGUUUUAGACCUAUACACACGCACAAGAAUUAUCUAUUUCGUCCUCACUGCAGGCUCCACAACUGUACGUGUUUCCUUUUAAUAUUAGAAAGUUAUGUUUCUGCGUUAUAUACCUUUGUUAUCAUAAGGGAACACAAUCAUUAUAUAAACAGAUAACAAUAUGUAGAUAUAGAGAUUAUGGGUUGUAAAGGCACUAACGUGAGCUCUUCAUGGUUUGGAAGGAAAAGUUUCAAACUCUA